AUGAAUAAUCUGGUCCAUGGUAUGGCUACCGCAGCCGGUCGUGUGAUGUCCCUGGUCACCGUGGCGUCGCGUCACGUGUGGCUAGGUCUGACCGCACUGGCCAAGAAAGACCGAGACGAUCUCCUUGGGGCCCCCGUUGCCAAGGAAGGGCUCUUCGGAUCGAUAUCCUCGGUCACCCAUCGCUUCAGUCGCCUGGAGGGAGAGAGGGCGCAGCUCAGCCGCAUGCUGCCGCUGAGCUGUGCCCUCAGGUCUCUCCGCAAGCUGAUAAAACAGGUUCUGCUGACCAAACCAGGUGGAAGUGAUGUGCUGAAGGAGUAUGAGGGAAAAGGAACAAUUAGUCCUGCCACAAGAAAAGUGAUGGUGAACAUUCUAGUUGUAGACAUGGUGGAGAGUGAGGGGAGAAUCCCUCAGCGACUGACCAAAGAGAAGUAUGCUCUGGCGAUUGUUACCCUGUUUCCCUCGCUCCAAGAUCCACAUGGGAAGACAGGAUAUGAGCAUUAUUAUGACGGUCAGAAAGGCGGUGGGUUUCUAGCGUGGCGACUGAAGUCCGUUCAGAGAGCGACACGACUUCCUGUGAGGUUCAAGGAUUCAAGAAUAGAAGAGAAUGGAGGCCCCAUGCUAAGGAGAGAGAUAGGCCACUAUUCUCCAUCCAAACUACUGGAAAAGUGGCCAACCUCCUUCAAAGCAAAGGUCAUCCAACAGGCAGAAAUGCUGACUUCCACACCCUUGCUGAAGCGCUUGUUGUUGUCUGCCAAGAACCAAAGGGGUGAAGAGGGAAGGAAGAAAACCCAGAAGAUCAGUGUAGCUCAGGCCAUUGACCAUCUAGUCGUAUUUCACAAGUCCUGUAGGAGUCUGGAUGAGCACCUUCAGAGCCAUAUCGACACUAGCCAGCCAUAUCUUCUUGCUUCAGGGACCAGCAAGGAGGCCAUCGGCAAUUUCUUCAUUGUGAUCGACAAGAAGCUCAUCCCCUGUGAGGCUACCACUUCCUUAGCAGCAAUUGAUGAACUUUUUAAGCUUCACUUAAUGAAGUGCUAUGAUCCAGCACUCAAAAGCAUGUACACAUUUCUGCAAACAACUGUCUAUAACAUAGAUGUUGACACCACCAGUGAGAGCCCCAAGGUCAAGGAACUGAGAACUAAGUUUGUGAGUAAUGUAUAA